UGGGCUUGAGUCUUUUUUUUUUUUUUUUUUAACCACAAUUGGUUCAAAACAAGGCUUGUCUUUGCUGCAGGGCCUAACAGUGUAAGGAGCUGCUAGGGUCAGGGAGCAGGGUAGAUAUAUGACUUUUAGUUCCAUCUCAUCCUCAUCUACAUGUAUAAUUGAAGAUAAAAAUAAAAAUGCUGCUAUAAGAUCAAAUCUUGUCGAAAAUAAUAGGUAUUUGAAAUUGAAAUUAUUCACUCCCAAAUUUCUUUUAAAGAUGUUCUUUUUGAGGGUCUUGCUCUGCUAGUGAAGAAUGUACUUAGUUGGCCUACCGAAUAAUCCUGCACAGGAGGCAUUCCAAAUGAAGUCAUAUUUAGCUGGGAGUUGAAGAAUGAAUGAUAGUGAUGGACCCCUGACAUGAGUUAAUGCCGUCCUGGCUGGGUGAAUUUGUCCUUCCCCUAUGCAUAAAGAAGCAGGUUAGGUCAGUUGCGAGCGCCUGGCACAUCUCGCCGCGUGCCCGGCCACAGCCGUCGUCAGCUUGAUUUGAGGUUGGCUUGAGCUGCCUCUUCCAUGCUGCUUUCGAAGGCUGCGGGAGAGUCUGACGAGGUGACCCGAGCUAGCCGCUAGCGAAGAACCCUCAGUACUCAAUAGCGGGUUGCUAACGUGGGAGAAGGUCCGGCAGGUAGGAUAGAGUACCGCACCUAGCGACUCCUGCUGCACCUUGACCCAGCCACGGACAAUGCCGCCCGCCAAGACUGAACUACGACUCCCGGCGUGCUCUGCGUCCGCUCCCAGAGGCCGGGGCGGCCCGGCGUGCACUGCGCCAGCCGGCUUGACCGCUCAGCACCCCGCUCGGCCCUCUCUGCGCCUGGAAAGGGAUGCUGGCCUUCUCUCGUUCUCUCCGCGCGCUCCUCUUUAUCCUGAAUGUCUCAGUCUCAGUUCCACGAAUGGAAAGCAGCCUCGAAAAUUCAACUCCAUAGAGCCAGAGCCAGCCAAUAAAGUGCCUGGAUUAAAACCACGUGACGGUAUUGGGGCGGUGCUCCGACGACUUCCUGAUCUCUAUGGUUUUCGCGGCUCGCUAGAGGCGUGUGGUCCACUGGAGGACUCCCUACAUUCUUCCUCCAUUACCUCACUGCCUCCGGUGGCUGCUGGGAUACUGGAGGACUCGGGUCCCAGCUCGACUCAGUCCUCCAGCCGCCCGGGGAAUACCUCUAGUUCUUCCCGGCCGUCGCCGCCGCCCCGGCGCUUCCUCUUUUGCCCGCCAGCCUCCUUUGCCCCGCCCCGUCCGCGCCGCGCGUCUGGCCCACCCGCGGGCCCGCUUCUCUUGGGAGCCCUCACCAAGGCGCAUGGCUCCAUGAAGCAGGAGGAGAAGGCAGAGCGCGAGAGGUCCCGUCCGCCCAAGCCGCGUCUGGGCCAGGAGAAAAGGUACAGGAAGAAGGAAUGGAAUUGGAAGGAAGAAGAUUUAUUCCAGAGACAAAAUAGCUCUCCUCUGUUGUAGCUAUUCCUCUGGCAAGACAGACUUUCUGCUUUCAGGUUCUGCAGCAUUCCAGACCUUGAGCAUCGGAUCAGGAUGGGAAAAAGACGUUGUGUUCCUCCACUGGAGCCCAAGUUGGCAGCAGGCUGUUGUGGGGUCAAGAAGCCUAAACUCUCUGGAAGUGGAACGCAUAAUCACGGGAACCAAUCCACAACUGUCCCUGGCUCCAGUUCAGGACCUCUUCAAAACCACCAGCAUGUGGACAGCAGCAGUGGACGGGAGAAUGUGUCAGACUUAACUCUAGGACCUGGAAACUCUCCCAUCACACGAAUGAAUCCCGCAUCGGGAGCGCUGAGCCCUCUCCCCCGACCCAAUGGAACUGCCAACACCACUAAGAAUCUGGUGGUAACUGCAGAGAUGUGCUGCUACUGCUUUGAUGUACUCUACUGUCACCUCUAUGGUUUCCCACAGCCACGACUUCCUAGAUUCACCAAUGACCCCUAUCCACUCUUUGUGACAUGGAAGACAGGGCGGGACAAGCGGCUUCGUGGCUGCAUUGGAACCUUCUCAGCCAUGAAUCUUCAUUCAGGACUCAGGGAAUACACGUUAACCAGUGCACUUAAGGACAGCCGAUUUCCCCCCCUGACCCGAGAGGAGCUGCCUAAACUUUUCUGCUCUGUCUCCCUCCUUACUAACUUUGAGGAUGCCAGUGAUUACCUGGACUGGGAGGUAGGGGUCCAUGGGAUUCGAAUUGAAUUCAUCAAUGAAAAAGGUGUCAAACGUACAGCCACAUAUUUACCUGAGGUUGCUAAGGAACAAGAUAAUUAUACUGGGGUAACAUCUGACAGGAAGCACGCAGGAGCAGGGAGCCUGGGGACAGCCAAUGUGGCAUGUGUCGGGCUAUCAUCUCAUGUCUCAGAGUCUCCACUGGACUUGUGGCCUCUCUUCUCCUCAGACUGGGAUCAGAUCCAGACAAUAGACUCCUUGCUCAGGAAAGGUGGCUUUAAGGCUCCAAUUACCAGUGAAUUCAGAAAAACGAUCAAACUCACCAGGUACCGAAGUGAGAAGGUGACAAUCAGCUAUGCAGAGUAUAUUGCAUCUCGACAACACUGUUUCCAGAAUGGCACUCUUCAUGCCCCGCCCCUCUACAAUCAUUACUCCUGACACACGGCUGCAUGACCAGUCCCACCCCCCUGUGGCCACCAAUGGCUAUGACAUCAUUGGAGCAGAUGCCUCCUCUUCCUGGUCCAGUUACUUCUACUACUGCACCAUUUUAUGAUGCUAGCUUCCGUUGCCAAGUCUGCCUCCUGCUGACUGAGGGGGGGGGCAGGUAACCUUGAAUGAAACAGAACUUGAGGGGCCCAAGCCUUAUCUCAGCCUUUCCUCAGUAUGGGGUUCUGUUGGAUUGGGGCUCCUCCGUGACUAGUGAGAAUUACUGUGUGGGUUCAGAAGCCUCUUGUCUGGUGAUUAGCUGUGUGUGUGUUGGCCACACACUGGAAGCUGGAAUUGAUGGUCCAUGAAGGCUUAAUCCCCACACACAUACACCUUCAGCCUCCCCAGAUCAAGUAGGUAUAUUCCCUUGGCAGUCUGGGCAACGGAGACCAACAAGAAACAUUUUUAGGUUGUUUUAAAUUCCUUUUUUUAAACUUCCAGUUUAUUGCGCACCAAGAGUUGAUCACAACCUCCAUGCUUCAUAAGUGGACGCCUCAUUAGGGUUGGACGUGGGCACCAUGAGUCCUUCAAGGCUUCUGGACAGAGACCCACAUCAAGAUCGGAAGCCCUUCGAAUGGCGUUGGAGUUAUCAUUGCUCAAUAAGCCUUGAAGGUUUUAAUUUUCAUCCCACUCAGUUGGAUUUUCUGGCACUCUUCCUGCAUUGAGUCUCCCAGUAUUGAACAGAACUGUGUGGUGUAGCCUGCUGAGGAAUGGAAUGGAGAAGCCCAUGGGAGGUCCUAAUGUCGUCACUGCGGUCAGGUGUGAAAGGAGAGACCUCUUCCUCAUCACCCGGCUACCUCACUCCUCUACUGGUAGCAGUGCCUAUAGUUGGAGCUAGGUUCUCAGAAGCAUGGAUGUGCACACAAGUGGUUGGGUUGGGCUUUAGGAGGACAUGUUGUCAUAGGAGAGAAUCCAGGGUCUCCAAGCUGGUUUCUUUCCAGGCAAAUGUCCUGAGGGACCUUUAAGCAGGAGAGUUUCUUUUUCUAGUUUGCCUAUAGAGAUGGGAAGACUCGAGAUGUUUCAGUCCUUUAUAGGACUUUAGAACAAAGCUGUGUAACUACACAAGGUGAAUCUUUAUCUUGCCUAACAUGCUGGGAAUCUUCACCCCACCAGGGCAAAUUUCCAAAUAGCUAAUUUUAUUCUAGGUCUUUUGAACUUUCGUGUGACAUAUUUCCCUGUCCCAUUGUUGCUGAUUUCCAAAUACCUGUCAGCAAGUUUGUCCUCCCUUUUGCCUAUUCUUCACUCAUUCGGUGGCAAAGUUAAUAGAACUUAGGGGACUUGGAAGAUGCUUUGAAAACACUGUCACAAAGGUAUUGCUAAAAAAUGAGUCACAGGAAGAGUGGCCAGUUGGAAGAAAGGAUCCUAAGGACGAUGUUACACUGGUUUUCAACAACAUGCUCAGAGAACUCAUGAAGUAGAUUGGGUGUCAACCCAGUGAACACAAUAUUUUGGUUUAAUUUAUUUUUAAAAGUUUAUGUGAUGAUGGUGUGGCUUUCUCAUAUGGGCAAAUAUUCAAGUCAAAAAUCUUUUUGAGUUUUUAUCUGCCAGGAAUGGGGAAGCGGGACUGGGGGCACAAUCUGAGAAAGGACAUGUGUGCUAUUCCAGGCAUUGCCGGCAAGUUUCUGAGAAGGAAUGGGUGAGGGUGAGUGGGUUUGCUCAGCACCAUCCUGUGCUGCUCACAAGAAUCUGGUUUGUGCAAGGGAAACUUGGGUGACAUCAGGGUGCCCAGUCGGCAGCCCCUCACUGCUAUGAUGGGCUCCUGUAGCCUGCCCUGUUUUCCUUGGUUAUGGAAGUGAAGAUGAAGGGGUUGUUUCAUGAUUUCCUGCUGCUUAGAAUAUUAAAUGUCUUGUUACAAACACAGGUGGCAGCAAUUACUCUUAGGUGCGUGGAUCGAUGUUAGGGUGGUCAGCUCUGGACUAAUCCACCCAUCUCCGAUUUGUACAACAGUAUUGGUAUAUAGGGCUACACUCAUUACUGUUCAAGUGUUCUAUGUUAAAAGUUGUGUUUAAUUUCUAAAGAUUAAAAAAAGCAAAAAAAUUGGUGCUAAACUUUCACCCCUGAGCACGCUCAGUGAGACUGGUCAUGCAAGCAUUUACAGUGCCAUGCUCCUCAAGCCUAUUUUUUCUUGUAGAAAUUUUGCCCUAUUUGUCUUCCCCAAUGUAUAGUAUGUUUUUCAUUUUAUUUUAUUGAGGGUGGGGUAGAAUACCUGCCAUUUAAGAAAAUGAAUAGAAAAUUUAAAAACCCAGGAAAUGGGGGGAAAAAAAUCAGUGCACAAGAAUCGGGCUGGUUACGCCCAGCACCACACUGAUGUGGGCUCGGUGGUUUUGGAGUGAAGAAGCCUUACUCCCUGCACACUCCCUCAUGCUCCCACACAAGUCCAGCAAUGGAAAUGCUUGAGUUCCUUUGCCUUGUCAGGGGGGACUCAGGAGUUGACCAAGGGAAACUGUCCCCAUAAGGAAUGGGGCCCAUUCAGAAAGCAGUCGAUGUGUAUGGUCAUGGUCACCUCAUGAAAAUGUGUGGCAGGUGGCUCUCAGGAAAAAUACCAAGUCUGGAUCAUCCAUGUGGCAGCUUUGCAUAGGGAGAUAACAGCUCCGAACUGGAACUGAACUGCCUUCCACAUGCUUGACCAAAGCAGUGAUGAGGGUGGCCAGUACAUGUGGUAUGAAGGUUUAAAGAGAAGGGAAUGUUUUCUGCUGAUUGUUUUCCUUUGUCCUUGGGCUGCUGGAGCUGGACAGUAGGUAACCACUGUUUUCAAGGAACCAGCCCAAGUUUGCUGGCUUGGUUCGGAGUUCGUUUCGUCCCUAGCUGUGAGUGCCUUUUGGUCUGGAAAGUUGGCUUGUCUCAUAAUACCCACAGCUAGGACAUUCUCUCUCUGUAAUUAUGAAUUGUCCUUGUUUCACAUUAAAAGAGAAUGUCUUUGAUCACUAGAGUUUGUCAGUGUUGGAUUGUUUCCACUGUGAGAUUCUUAAAACCUUCACUUCAUAAUAUUAAAACAACUCAUGUUAGAGACCCUUUCAACAUGAAAGGUUUGUAGUUAAGACAUUACAUAUAUUUUAUUGUUUAUAAUAAAAAUCAUCUAUACAAAAGUACUGGGUGUUAAUUUUAAUAUUUUGCACAAGAUUUGUUUUCCAUGAUGUGUUAACAUCUACAAUUUCACUAACUGUUGAUGUUAUUUUCUAUUGAGAUUCUGGAGCUUAGGGAACUAUGUGUUCUUUCUGUUUAUUUUUGUUUUUAUUUCCCUGAAGCAAGAGACUAUAUGGCCUUCAGAGCAAAGACUUCAGACCAAUUCUUUGUAUUACACUUGGUUGCCUCUUGGCUAUAUAACUUCUGAGUGCAAAUCAUUGAACUCUUUAAUGAAGUAUUGUAGAGAAUAAAUCAUAAAGGAUA